CGGCGGGGUCGGGGGUCGGGGGGCGGUGCCCGGCCAAUGGCGGCGGCGGCGGGAGGCUUGAGCGCCCGGAAGGGCGGCGGCGCCAUGAGCAGGGAUUUCGGGGCCGAGUCCGGGACUGAGGAUCCAGAAAAGUCUCUCCAGCAGCUGUUUUCCAGCUUGAGAUUUCUGUGGGCAAGGGUUGCUUCGCAGGAGAGUUGACGUCUCGGGAGCAGAAUGUCGUGGGGCUGGGCAGUGGUGCACCCGGUUAAGCACACAUGGUACGGUGCGCAAGGACCCGGGUUCGAACCCCAGCUGCAGGGGGGAUGCUGCACAAGUGGGGAAGCAGGGCUGCAGCUCCUCGCCCGACUGGAAGGCAGGACCUCGCUGAGAGAGCUGGAGCCUCGCCUGUUCGCCGGGGAAGAAGGCCCUGCACACGGUGAGAUCCUGGAGCUCCAUGGCCCCGAGGGCUCGGGCAAGACAGAGAUGCUGUACCACCUGGCCGCACGCUGCCUGCUGCCGAGAGCCCAGGGCGGCCUGGAGGCGGAGGCGCUGUUCGUGGACGCCGAUGGCCACUUUGACCUGCUCAGGCUGGUGGCGGUGCUGGAGUGGAGGCUGGGGCAGGGGCCGCAGUUGAAGGGGCAGGAGGGGCAGGGGCAGGAGGGGCAGGGGCAGGAGGGGCUGGGGCAAGAGGGGCAGGAGACGCAGGGGCAGGAGGGCCCACGGCGGGGGCAGCUGUUGGAGGGCCGGGGCCCGGGGGGCUCGGAGGCCGCGGUGCGCACCUGCCUGGGCCGCCUGCGUCUGCUCACCUGCCGGAGCAGCACCCAGCUGCUACUGUCCCUGCUGGCCCUGGAAGCGCGCCUGUGUGGGGCGGCCCCGCGCCUGCUGCUGCUGGACGGACUGUCGGCCUUCUACUGGCUGGACCGCGCCAACGGCCCCGGCCCCGCUGCCCAGGAGGCCCCGCUGCGGGCGUGCGCCCAGCUGCUGCAGCGCCUGGCCCGGGACCACGGCCUGCUGCUCGUGGCCACCACGCAGAGCCUGCUGCCACCCCGUGGGGCCGGGGACUCUGACGGGGCCGGGGACGCGGACGGGCCUCGGGGUGCCCGGCCCUACCUGUGCCGCGCCUGGCAGCAGGCCGUGGGGCGCUCCCUGCUCUUCUCCCGGCCACACGGCCCCGCCGAGUCCUUCUCCAUCCUCGUCCGCAGGCCCGGGGGCGCCCCCCGCAGGCUGGCCUUCCGCGUCGGGGAGGGCGGGCUGCAGUUUUGCUGAAGAGACCUCAAGGGCCGGGGUCCACUGAGCCGCAGGGAGCCAGGCAGCACGACCCUCACGGCGCCCCCCACCCGAUCCACAUCCAGCCGAGAAGCCAUUUCAGGAGCCGGAGCUCGCACCUGCUCCCCAUGGAGACCCUGGGCCCUGGUCCCGGGGAACAAAGACAUGGGGGGCUUCCAAGGAGGGGAGGGCCAGGGAGCUCUGGUGGUGGGAACUGUGUGCAGUCACACCCUGUUAGUUAUACCCCUGAUAAAACACUUAGAAAUUAAAAAUGAAGUCACGUUA